UGGCCCGUUCUAGUACGGACUGUCACUUGUGAGUUGCGAAGGCCAAAGCCCAAGAAGCUCCCGAUCUCAAAUGGCAUCCACCUCGCCGGAACCCUCCACCGCCGCCGCCGUCGCGGAGACCGGCUGUUCCGUCCAAAUCCGUCGCCUGGAGGCGACAGACCACGAGAAGGGAUUCGUGGCCCUCCUCUCGCAGCUCUCCGCCUGCCCGGACCUCACCGCGUCCGAGUUCGCCGCGUGCUUCGCCGACCUCGCGGCCCUCGGCGACGACCACGUCAUCCUCGUGGCCGAGGACCCCGCCGCCCCGGAGAGUCGGAUCCUCGCCACGGGGUGCCUCUUCGUGGAGCGCAAGUUCCUGCGCGGCGGCGGGAAGGUGGGGCACGUGGAGGACGUCGUGGUCGACGCCGCCGCGCGCGGCCGCGGGCUCGGGCUCCGCGUCGUGCGUCGCCUCGUGGAGAUCGCCAAGGAGGCCGGAUGCUACAAGGUCAUCCUCGACUGCACGCCCGAGCUACGCGCGUACUAUGCCAAGUGCGGAUUCGUGGAGAAGGGGGUUCAGAUGGCAAUCUACUUCUGAAUUCUGAUCCAUAGGUAAGUUGCUGCUAAUGAGCAUAGCAAAAUCUGGUACACCACAUAUCCGUCCAGAAUUUUCUUCCUGCCGCAAAAUCUGGUACACCACAUAUCCGUCCAGAAUUUUCUUCCUGCCGACGGGGAUCAUGUCUUAGGAUGCACUUUGAUUUUUUUGACAACAACUUGUAUUUUUUAGCCGGGCACAACAGCUUGUACCAUUGAGAACUGCCCUUGGAGCUAUAUAAUUUAUUUCAAAAGAAGCUAAGCUUUGAGAAUGAAAUUACAAUAACAUGUUCCUACUUUUGCUUA